UGUAAAUAAGCCCAAUAUUAUUUGCUUAGCCAAUCAGAAGAAACGUACCACUUCCACCUUCAAGGCGAGCUUGUCAAUCUUGUGUAAAUAAACCCCACCUACACAUGAGGCGGAGAGGUCCACACAGCGUGAAUUCGCAAGUUCUUCAUGUAAAAUGGUCUCGAACAAGUUUUUCAAGUAGGUUGGCCCUUUGAUAUUGUUUUAACAACUUUGUCUUAUGCUAAAGACAUAAACGAGCUGCCCGGUAAAGAACUUACAUUAAUAAUGGCUUCGGAAGGCGAGCGUGAUGAUCCAUUCCAGAGAAUUCUGCAUCAAAUCGGUGGGAAAAGUAACAUUCAUUUAAUCAGCGCAUUGAGUAGACCUGAUGGAGACACCGGCGUUUUACAGGACUUUAUCGCUGAUAUGUUUAAUAAUGGGGAGCAUGAAGAAAUCACCGACUGCAUUGGCAACCGUAACGGAGAAAUCAAAAUCCAAACAAAUGUCUGCAGUCCUGACCAAUCACACGCUGAUCGAUCCGGACAGAGUUCAUCCACACCUGCCGAUAGCUGCACCAAGAGCGAGAAACCAGAUCCACUCAAGAAUAAAACCGUGAGUUCAAGCAGAAACAUCGGCGGCAAGCAGAGAGCCAUUAAAUGCUCCGUGAUCAUAUUCAUCUUCAGACACGAUUAUUUGUGUAAUAAAGAGAACUAUGUGUGUUUGAGGGAGAUCCUGAAGGACGUGAGAGCUCGCUUAAAGAUAAACGCGCUUCCUCCGGCUCUGUUGGGACUCGUUCACACUGACUGCGAUCAAUCAGAGAGCCGCGAGUCAGUGGAGUUACUGGAUCGAUCAAUGCGAUCAGUGUUUAUCAAUCACCCUCAACAGGCCAUAUGGACCGGCCGGUACGUCACGAAGUCCCCGGAUUUGUUGCAGGAGAUCAGAUGUAACGCCUGUCGGGCGGUGAAGUCUUCAAUGUCUGCAGAGAGUGGCACUGGCAGUAAAAGCAGUUUGUUUUGGUCCUUGAAAUGUUUACCAGGAAUAUUCAGGAAGGGACACCGAGGACAGGCUGACUUCAACACCAACAGUUUGCAGCAAGCAAAUCCAAAUACAGGUGAAGAAGGAAUUCCCUUGCAGACGCAGACCACGGCACAAUGACGCCAGACAGGUUUUGCAAAUAGACCAAGAUGGUUGAAAAACAAGCAUCAAACUACCUGUCUGUGUUCUGCUCAGGUCAUAUAUUCUUGCACUAUACCUUACCAGCCAAUAGGAUUUGGAGGAAUGAGAAAUGAAGGCAACGAAAGGCUGCUACAGCAUUAUUCUUGAUACCAUUUUGAUAUCAGAAGGAAAUCUCACUACUAUCACAGUAGCAUAUAGAGUCUUGAGUUUAUUAGUAUUAAAUAAUCUAUUGUGACAAUUGCUGAACACUGUGACUGACUGUUAUGUAUUAAUUGCUGUUAUUUGAAAUAAAAGAAACACUUUGUUGUAUCAUAGGCAGUACGUUUUGCACUAUUCCUUCAUGUGAUUCUGAAAUAACCAAGGAAAUUAAUUGUAGCUGUUCAAAACCAUUCCAGGACUACAUAAGCCAUACUGUUGAAAACAUGAAAAAUUAAAGUUACCAUGAAAUCAAAA